AUGAGCAAAGAAAUUGAGAAAAUUAUUGAAAGCUUCAUCCAAGACAAAAUCGAAACUUUUCUAGACCAAAGACUCCUAAAAAUAGAAAAAAGUUUAGAAGAGCAUGAUAAAAUUAUCAAUUUGGAGAAUGAUCGGUUUGAAAAGGUAAAAGAUUCUUUGUCAAGCCUGAAAAAGGAGCAUAAAAAGAGUAUAAGAAAAUUGAAAACUGGAGACAAGAGACAGAACUUAAAACGGAAAACGAAAUGAGUUCAUUUAUGACUCAAUUUCGUAGUAUUACUGAAGAUCUUGAUAAAAAAAUAUCGAGUAUCAAAUUAUCAAUGCAAGCCACCAAUAAUAUUACUCCAAAUAUAG